GGGAAACCCCACCUUUGUCCGGCGCCGCCACCCACCUCUUCUCCCAAACGCUCAACCCUACUUCUCCGACCAUGGCCAAGAAGCGCGGCGAGAAGAGGCCACCGCCGCCGCCGCCGCCGGUGGCUGCCUCCUCUGACGAGACGCACUCGGGCGCAGACGAGUCCGAGGACGAAGAGACCAUCGCCUUGUCUCGUGCCCCUGCCCGCAAGAACCCGCCUCCGCCGCCGCAGAAGAGCGAGGAGUCCGAGACCUCUGAAGAGGAGGAGGAGGAGCCAUCCCACGCGGCCCCGAACACUGCCCCCAAGAAGCAGCCUCCGCCGGCGCGACAGAGUGAGGACUCCGACAGUUCCGACGAGGAGGAGGAUGGGGGUUCCGAAUCUGACAAAGAUGAGCCGCCGCCGAAGCCAUCUCCGAAGCAGGAGGCGAAGGCCCCGGAGGCCAAGAAGCCGCGCCUUGCUUUCCACCGCGUCUGGUCCACCAACGACGAGGUCCGUAUCCUCGAGGCCCUCGCCGCUCACCAAAAAGAGCACGGCGUGCUGCCGCAGCCCGACGCACUGGUCGAAGCCCUCGCCGGAAAGCUCGACAACCGUGCCUACAGCAGCAAGGAGCUCCAGGGGAAGGUCAAAAGCCUCAAGCAUCGGUAUGUGUCAGCCGCCAAGAAGUACGAGCUCCCGACCAAAGAACACGACCGCCGGCUCUUCGACCUGUCCAAGAUCCUCUGGAGCGGCCACAAGUACAGGUCCCGCGCUGCCACCGCUUCUACUGCUGCUCCCACCGCCAAGGCGAACGACCACGAGCCCAAGGGAUUUGAGGAGAUGUGUGAGUUGUACCCAUACCUCGCGGAGGAGGUGAAGAAGAUGGAGGCCUCGGGCAUGUUCAAGCGGGAGUUCGGAAAGAUGGACGACGACAAGGCACGCUUGCUGGACGAGAAGAUCAAGAAGCAGAGGGUACAACAGAUGAAGGUGGAGCUGCGCCGCAGCGACCUUGCCAGGGAGGUGACCAAGGCGAUAAUGGACCUGAUCGACUGAUGGGAGUGAGAUGAGCUUACCUGAAACUGUAUCGAUGACCUGCAAUCGAUUACAAUGCGAGCAUCCUAGAAUCGUCAAAUUGUGGCCUGUUUUGAUGGUAAGAAUGUUUUCGCGGCAAGGGAGCAUGAUCACUGAUUCCAUUGAAUAGUGUGCGGUUAAGAGAUGCUAGCUUAAUGCGUUAGUUCAGUAAAGAUGUUCUGCUCUUAUUAGUUUUCAAAGCUCGUUUGUACAUGAUGUUCUUGGUCUUUUGAGUGCUUCAGAUUUCGGGAGUGGAUUUGAUGCGCUUUUGAGCAUUUCAGAGAUGCAGACUGGAAUCGUGAGUCAGGAAUCGAAUGACUGUUAUGAAUCACUGGGUUUUGUUUUGCA